UCACACUCAAUAACAAUGGCUUCCCCUUAUAAAUGCCUGACCCUCCCAGCCGUCAUCCUAAAAAUCUUCACCUGAAUCUCGCUUCCUCUGUUUUCUCUCCAUUCGUUAUAAUCUAUAACGAAAAAAAUAUCGCAUAUACGGGCAUAUACCAUUCAUAUAGGGGAAAGUUUCUCGCUUUGUAUUUUAUUUUUCUCGCUCUGCAUGAAUCAACAAUGGGGAACUGCUUCGCAUCCGCAACAGUGAAGAAGAGAAGACCAGUGACGCGUCAGCAGAACCCACCUCCCUUAUCGAACGUUAGCAAUAACAGAUGGACUCGGAUCAGGUCCACACGCAAAGAGGACGCGUUAAUUCAGGAGCAGGCUCUGGCGGCUGCGAUCCUCUUCAGGCAGCACCAGCAGAAUGGGAACGUGCCGUUCAAUCGCUCUGCUUCGCUGCGGUACCCGAAUUCUGGGUCCAAGAAGACCCAGUUGCCGCGGAGCUCGAGUUCCAGGGCACGGUCGCUCACAGACCCUCUUUUGCAGCCUCACCAGCUCGUUAACCAGGAUAUAAAGCUUGAUGAUCUUGAGAGGAGUCAUUUCGUCCUUAUUCAUGGAGGAGGCUUUGGGGCUUGGUCCUGGUAUAAAACUAUAUCACUUCUGGAAGAAGUUGGUUAUAAAGUUACGGCCGUAGACUUAACAGGUUCUGGGAUCCAUUCAUUUGAUACCAAUGGCAUAACCAGUCUUGCUCAAUAUGUGAAGCCUCUUACUGAUUUUCUUGAAAAGCUUUCUGAUGGGGAGAAGGUGAUUUUGGUGGGGCAUGACUUUGGAGGAGCAUGUAUGUCAUUCGCGAUGGAGUUGUUUCCCUCCAAGAUUUCCAAGGCUGUAUAUGUUGCUGCAGCAAUGUUGGCAAAUGGGCAAAGUACUCUUGAUAUUUUCUCCCAGCAGGCAGGUUCGAACGAUCUUAUGCGCCAGGCUCAGAUAUUUUUGUACGGAAAUGGGAACAAUCAACCACCAACUGCUAUUGAUUUAGACAAGUCAAUGUUGAAGGAUUUGUUAUUCAACCAGAGCCCUGCUAAGGAUGUAGCAUUGGCGUCUGUGUCUAUGCGGCCAAUUCCCUUUGUUCCAGUUUUGGAGAAGCUCUCUUUAUCCGACGCAAAAUAUGGAUCUGUGAGUCGGUAUUACAUAGAAACUCCAGAAGAUAAUGCCAUACCCAUCACAUCACAGGAGAGCAUGAUCAACACAAACCCCCCGAAUCAAGUAUUCCGUUUAAAAGGUGCAGAUCACUCCCCGUUCUUCUCGAAGCCUCAAGCGCUACACAAGCUACUGGUAGAGAUAUCGAAGAUCCCCUCAACCUGAAGUAUUGUCUUAACAGAGAGAAUUUCCAAAAUGUCCCGUUGGAUCUUCUUCGCGGCUAUAUGCUUUCUUAAGCAAAUGUGACUCGCAUUAAUCUCUGCAGUUCUAUUAGAAGAAAGGAUCAUUAGUCAUCUUGUAACAUGUUCAUAACACCAAAAAUGGUCAAUAAUUCUUAACUCAGUACAUAACAUUUUAUAUCAGAAUGUGAAUUCUGUUGACUGAUAGUAAAAGUUCAGAAUUUGAAGAUAUAUUGAAGGAAAUGUUGUUGACUGCUCA